AUGAAAACCACCAACGAACCAUCCCUAUUAAAAUAUCGAAUAAUCGAGCAGAAGAACAAGAAAAUAGUGUUGGAGGCUGACGAAGACUAAUUCACUCAGUUUGCCAAUGCUCUCUCCAUCAUUCAAAAAUUUCACGAUGACAUCAAGGCCCAAUUCCACGCCAGCUCUCAAGCCCAAAGGAGAACCAAGAAUGUGGUCUCCGUCUAAGCCAUCAAUUCGGAUUCAGAAAAAUCCAAUAAUUAGUCGUUUGCAAAUCCCAAUCCAGAUAUCAAAGAAGAUCAGGAUUUUCGCAGGUAUCAAGUUGAUUUAUCACCAUGCAGACGCAUCCCUCACUUCUUUUUGUCUCGAUUUAAGAAAUGGGCUAAGAUGAUGGAACAGGAUGCAGCCUACAAGUACCUUCAGAAUGUAUAAGAAUCAAAGACAUCAAAAUAACAGCGAUUCGAAUUGGGAGAUCUGCAACGAUGCUUCCAAGUACAAGUCAACGAACCAAAGGAAUCCAAAUUAUGCAAGAAUCUCCUCAAGGACCUGUUCAUUUCCUUCCUAUAGAACGAGGCCACUCUACAGAUCAUUCAUUACAACAAAAUCAGUUCAAUCGAAUAAAAACACAAAUACAUAUCAGAAAUUAAAAACAUGAUAUAAGAGAUGUAUGAACUUAAACCCUUUGAUUCAUACUUGUCCUCCGAGAAGAUCAAGGGAAAGAGAAACGCCAACAACAAUAAUAAUCAGUCUCCCAUCAAAGAAAAAUAAGAAGAUUUGAGAGAAGAGUUCCAAAUCCCAGAAAUGCACGAAAAGUACUCCAAUGAGAGUUUUAAGAAAUACGGCAAUGCCCCAUCCCUAGUAAAAAUGAACAGUUUUUAGUAGUGA